AUGGCGGACUGGAAGAACUACAUUAACUGCAUCCUGAGGGACAGGAACGUCGAAGACGUGGCUAUCGUGGGCCACUCUGACAACAAGUGUGUGUGGGCAUCCAAGCCAGGAGGGCUGCUCGCAGCCAUCUCACCUCAAGAAGUGGGCUUGAUCACUGGCCCGGAUAGGAAAGCGUUCCUGCAAACCGGCAUCACCAUAGCUGGUAAAAAGUGCAGUGUGAUUCGUGACAACCUACUGGUAGAAAAAGAUGAUGUGAUGGAUAUCAGAACCAAAGGCGGAGACAGCAGAUCCAUCUGCAUCGGCAGGACCCCCAGAGCCCUGAUCUUCCUCAUGGGCAAGAAGGGUGUUCAUGGAGGAGCCCUCAAUAAGAAGGUCCAUGAAAUGAUCAUGGGCAUGAAAACAUGCAGCAGAUAG